CGUCAAAAGUGACGUUUCCCUAGUCAAGUAGCAAUGCAAAAUAAAAUUAACCGUGCAAGAACUCCGAAAACAGUCCGUUCCUCGCUGUCAUGUGUUGAGUGUGGCUAAGAUGUUAUAACUCCUUCCUCCAUGUACGAAGACAUGGUGACAAUGACUACUUUACUGGUGUCCGCGGCUGAAUUAUCAAACAUUUUUUCCGUAGUCGCAGUGCUGUUAUGUUUUUGUGCGAUGAUCCUGUUCAUCACAAGAAACAUGAUGGUGCUGCGAGUGCACGGCGACGAUUUCGUCUUUCCGAAUUCACUGCACCAAGUUUCUCCCAGGAUACCUCAGAUGAACAUGAUGAAAGUCCACAUACCCUUCACUUUUAAGCUAUUAGAAACGUCGAAAUCAACAUAUUCAGAAGUACAGUGCAGUCUAUCUAGUCAAGUAGAGUAUCAAAUCCAGGCGUUCUGGGGUGUGAACAUACGCGAAUUGCACAUUUUCCUGUGGAGGCCUUGGUCGGACCUGAGGGAUGCUGUAAAAAGGGGAGAUUUCCUGAGUGGAUUCUACCAAUAUACUGGAUUGCAAGUCAAGAAAAGUCCACAUUCUGAUCAAACAGUGACUUUGAAGCUGCCUGCCACGACACUGAAUUUGGGGACGCCGCCCAGGUUGUGUUAUCCUCUGGUUAUAUUCUUGUUCAGGAAUGACACAGAGGAUAACAUCCAUCCAGACGAGACGGUCGCCCUAAUAAACGUAGUCCACAUCAAGGACUCGGUUUGUACUCUGCCCACCAGCAUUUUGGCCCAGUACCUAAAGCAAGCCAACGGCCAAUUGUCAUGUUUGAAGCAAUUGUAUUUGGCUACUGGCAACCCUGGGGGCUACGAAGAGGGCCAGAUACCUCUAGCAGUGGCGGAACCGGUGGAAGGGGGUCCGGGACCGAUGGGACGCACCCUGGUCUGCCCCACAAACGACGACUCUGCUUUGUGGAACACUUCAGGCGAGCAGCUCUGCGUCGUCUGCCAGUAUUUCCCUUUGUCCAGGGCCUUAUUGCCGUGCAGGCAUACCUGCAUUUGCGCGAGCUGCUUUGUGAAGCUCGAUCGUUGCCCCAUGUGCCGGGGCCCCAUCAAGAGCUACUUCUGCAUCCGAGGUGAAGAGUACAUGCCCAUGCAGCCCAGCUCCAAAACCGUGCCCACCCACAGCCCCCUCUACAAUUGGCUAGACAGUUGGAACGACCGCCUGACGGACUUCCUCGGCUUCCAGCGGUAACAAGGGACUGUCUAUUUAUUGAAAUUCUAAUUUUCUAGAAUAAACUACUUAGAUAAAUUGCGUAGUCUAGAGCUAUUACUCAAUGUCGAUCAAGUAAACAUCACCGCAUUCGAGUGAUCAUUCUUAUUUUCGUUUCUUCUACUAGUAAGUUAAUUAGGUUGUGAGGUAGUUAACGUGUAAGAUAUUGAAUAUAUGUCCAUAUGACUUAGCGUUAGUAUUUAUGACCUAUGCAAUAACAUGAUUAAUAUUCUGUAUGUAAAAUCGACUUUUACACUAUAUUUUAGUAUUUCAUCUGACUUAAGCCUGUGAUAAUACAUACGUUUAAAAAUAAAGUAAAUCAGAUUUAUUAAACAUGA